UAGAGAUCAUCAGAAACCAUCAGCAUUUCAAUCUUUCUCGCAUCAGGACAAUCGAGCUGAAGGCAGGAGAGGUUUAAAACAAGAUUUGAGGCAUAUGUCCGUUUAACAGAGCUAGCACAGGAUAGAGACCCUUGUGAAGUAAUCUCCAAGUUAUGCAAUAUUCUGUAAAAAAGAGUGAAACUGUGAGAUAGACAUCACAGAAGAAGCUUGACUGUAUGAUUAAAGGGCCUCAUGUUGCAUUACAGAAUGGAAAGUUGUGUUAUUUCACCUUUACCAGAAGAAAUAAUCCCAUACGAUCAUGACGGUCGGCUGAUGUACGACUUCUAUUCGUAUCUCACUCCUGAACCUGGAACUCAUGCUGAAAAUGGAUGGGAAUAUUCAAGUGUUCAUCCCCAUCACAGUGAAUAUGAACCCCCUCAGGGAAACUGCAUUGAGCUGUCCUCCACCCCGUACCACUAUAGAGAUGUGGAGACCUACCAUCCACCUGUAGAUCCUGGGAUGGGACCCCUUCUGCCUGUAGUUCCUCCACAGUACACUUACGUAUCACAUCACCAGCUGUACCAACGCUCACCCGUCCCCCACUGCAGCACUGAUGAUGAGGAACCCGGGGGUCGCAGUCCACCCUUCGAGGUAUCAGAGGGUGAAGAGGACAAUGACAGACAUCCAGGGACCUCCAGUGCUCUGAUAGGAAACAAAAGAAAAGUUCGCCUCUAUCAGUUCCUUCUGGACCUCCUUCAAGACGGAGACAUGCGAGACUGCAUCUGGUGGGUGGACAGAGAGAGAGGCAUCUUUCAGUUCUCCUCCAAGCACAAGGAGACUCUUGCCGGUCGAUGGGGCCAGCAGAAGGGCAACCGCAAGAGGAUGACCUAUCAGAAGAUGGCCAGGGCCCUGCGAAACUACGGCAAGACGGGCGAGGUCAAAAAAGUGAAGAAGAAACUGACGUAUCAGUUCAGCGGCGAUGUGAUGAGGAGGAUGUCAGUGGAGAGGCGACAGUAUCAUCACUGAGAGAGAACUGAUGGACGUGACACAAUUUAAUACAGAUUUUCCCACAUCAAUAUUCUCAAAGAUCCUGUCAAGCAGAGCAUUCUUUUUGUAAUGAUUUUAUCUCAGGGAUUUCAAAUUUGAACUUAAAAACCAUUAGCAAACAUCGGUGUGUUUUUGUAAGUGAAGGGCAGACAAAUAAACGCAGCAUGAUUUAAUGAAAGUCUGUAGUUUCGUGACACUGUAUAAUGGGCUGGACACACUUGUGUUAUUGUUGAGCUAAUCAGUGAGUUCAAUGUAAUAUUAAUCUUUGUGCUUCAGUUACAGAACGUAAUUGCUAAUAAAUUCAGGGAUAUUACUGAAGAUUUGGGAUGUCAUAUUUCACACAACAGAUUGUAAAGGGUGUUAAAAAGAAAGCUGUACAAAAGCUGUCACUUGGAUGGUAUCCUUUAAAAGGUCCUAAUAUGCACAGGCAUGUACCUUAAACGGAACCUGUAUGUAACUAAUAUGCACCCUUUAGGUACAAAUGUGUACUUUUUAUAAAGUUAAUGUCCCGUUAGAUUUUUGGAGAGUGCAGAGGCUGGAUUUAUUUAAAAUAAGUGGACUGCAUGUGAACUGACAAAGGCAACAAUAACAAAAGGAUUUUAGUAAAUAUUAUAUUAAAUAUACACUGUAAAAAAAUUCCGUAGAAAUUGCAGCUGGAUGCCA